GCGUACAUGUCAAUCAAAUUGGUUAUUUACUGCAAAUAUCUGGCUACGAAAUGAAUAAGGUAUUCAAUAUUGUUGUCACAGUGAAAGUUGAAGCUGACCGCUGCUGCUGCUAUCAGCCAAUUUAUUUCAAUUCCGUGUUUCAGAUUAAAUGAGUGUGUGUCUGGUUUAUUAAGAUUUAUUUUCUACACGCUAUGUCUUUAACUUUCGACGAUUUUUUCAAUGCAUUUACAUGCCGUUUCAUUCACAUGUCACUCGUACUGGAGCUGUCAAUUUACUGCGUAUGCGUAGUUUAAAAACAGCUAAAAAAAAUCCAAUAGUUGAAGGAGUCGUACACAUACACGCAUUUAGUUCACUGAACGGACGAAGUGAACUGGCUGUUUGGCAAUGGGGUCGGAUGUACCAAAUGCGAUGCUCGUGCAUUGCCAUUAAGUAAAUUCUACUCGCAAUGAACUCAUCGUAGUGCGGGCUGGUUGAAUUGCGCAAGUGUAUGUUUUUAUGUCGUAUGCCCAUUGAUAUUGAGCCAUUUCCUCAUUACUACGUACAUUGUGCACUCCUUUAUAUGUGGUGCUAGUGUUAUUAUGAUGAUGACUGCAUCAUCGCGCGUUAUAUAUGUGUGUUUUUCUUGCUGUCUCGUUCGCUUAGGCCUGAGUGCGAAUUUGUAGCAGCAGCAGCAGUAGACGUAGUUCGUCGCCACUUUCUUGCCACUUCAGACCGAGUGAAAGCAGUUUUGGCGAUGUAAGAACCGUGUUCGGACCCUAUCUUUUUUAUUUCGGCGUAUUGAAACCGAUUAUUUUCUGUUUGUUUCAUUAUCUUUCAUUCUUUGAGCUGUGACUAGUUUCUAUUUUUGUCAUCAAUACUCAUCAUUUUUCUGCGUUCUAAAAUUGAAAUUAAGUGAAAGUUGUUUGAGUCCGUGUGUGUUAAGAAUACAAAUGAACCAAAUAUGGAAAAGUGACAGCAGUGUGUUUUCAUUCUCGUGGAAAUGGGCAACACAAUAAAUGGCUAGAAAUGACGUGUUUUGAGUGAACUAUAUGAAGGUUAGACAACCACCAUAAUACACCCUGAGAGUGUGUUUGACAUGGAUACAAACGAAUAUUCGGCAUGUGCUACACACGACGAUAAAAUUCAAUGUUGAGUGGAAAUCUAUACAGAACUCUUCUUUGCGAGUGUGUAUUACAAUAUAUUUGUUUGUUGUCGUGAGGGAUUGGGAGAGUGUGAGAGAGAUUUCCAAUGGAAUUUCCCUGUCAACGCCGCACGAAACAUCAAAACCAAUGAUGUCAAUAUUUAGAUUCGACGAACAAACGAACGAAGAAGAAACACCAUCAAAAUGAGGAAUAUGGAAAAGAACAUGGAAUCACGCAAAAAUGCCAGAAGUAUGCUGAACAAUUCAGCAUAAGCCACAAGCGACAAAUCUCAAAAAUUUACUCAAGAGAGAGAAACGAAUCGCUCUCUUUCCGGUCUUUGGUCGCAACAGCCGAACUGAGUGAAACCAUAGUGAGCGUAGAUGAAAUUUCACUCACAACAAUAGCGACAGACCGAGUGAAAGCUAACAGAUGGAAGCCAACAACGAGUCACAUGUGCGAGAUUGAGCGAAAAUAUCGCACGCGUCGACACACUAAAAUCUUCAGGCCGUGCACACUUGAUACAACUUGUCGGCAGCUGAUUGUGAUUUUCAUUCGUGUAGCGGCUACCAAAUGAAUCGGACGUAUUACGCUUUUUCACCAGUUUCAUAGUCGACGUGACGCGCAUACGAAACGAAACCAUUUCACCAUCAAGCACAUGGUCCGUUACACAAAAUCGUUCAGUUUUUAAAAGCAGAGAAAUUGAAACCAUUUUGUUUUAAAACAAAUUACAAACAAAACAAAGAGAAAAAGUAUUUUAACUGAGCAAAAAAAAUUCUUGAGAUUCGUGUGAUUAAGUCGAUUAUAGUGUAUCAGUUGAUUAUUUGACGAAUGCUUAUUUCGCUGAUCAGAACGCCGAACCAACGGUCCAACGAUAUCGAAUCAGUCACAGGCAAUAAAUGAGCAUUAAGUGCUUGAGUUUUGCGAGUUGUUGUGUUUAUGCUUCGGGAAAAAAGUUUAGGGCUUGAAGUUUGUAAUAAAAGGGCGCAGAAUAAAAAAAACGCACUCAACGAAUCGCAAAGUAGAUUGAUUGAUUUAGUUCGUCAUCGAGCUGCAUACAAGUUUUGCCGGGCAACAAGAAUCAUCACGCAAUUUCUUCACGAGUGAUUUUUUUUUUUCUUUCAACGUCAUCUACGAGACAGCAACCAACCACUAGCCUCGAACAAUUGGAAUAAACCAAUUUUGUGAGUUACGUUCGGUAGAAGUUUUUGCACUCCGUUGAGAGAGAGAGAGAGAGAGAGAGACUAUAACAUGAAGUGAAUGUUUGGUGUUUUCAUACGCUCAUAACUCUCGCAACCAUCGAUCUUAGUGCAAAGUGGACAUUCGUCUGCUGCUGGUCGUGUUUAGUUUUAUUAUUUGUUGUACCACACACUGUUCAACCAAUAUUAAGUAACAUUGAUAACAGAAACAAAUAACAACAACAGUCGCACAAGAGCAAAAAAAACAUCAGCAACAACAACAUCGGCAUCAUAGAAUACGAAAUAGUGAAGACGAACCAAGCACAACAAAAGCAAUACUAAUAACAAAUUUGUGCGAAUUCAGGGCAAAACCGUUUUGUCAGUUCAAGUACCAGUUCACAUCACAUAUAUACGAGCUAUGCAAUCCGUUUUUGCAAUAAAAACCAAUUGAAUCACACGAGAAAGAGCGGAAAAAACACACACAUAUUGAUUGUUAGUGCAUCGCAAGCAAACAUAAACAUUUUGUGUUUCCUCGGAAUUUUACGUUUGUGGUCGGGUGGUUUAUCGAUUGGUUAAUGACGAAAAUCGUUCCACAAAAUAAGUGUAUGAAAGGAAAGAAAACGACCUGCGUCAACUAUCCGCCUGAACAUAACAAAUCAUAAAAUAUAAACAAGAACACACAACCAUAUAACAAUAACAACUCAUCGAAUGGUAUUAUCGACGAAAUAAAAGCGGAAAACUCUCGAAAUACACAAACCAAAAAAAAAAACAAGUCAAUUUUAGAAAAAAACCAGUUGAUUCGAUGGAACUGCUUCGUUCGAACAACGACGCGUUCUGAUUUUUGUCAAUUUAUUUCGUGCUACAAACUUGUGACCACGAAAAGAACGAAAACACAACAGAACAUAAAUGAUGUGAAGCAUAUGAAAUGCAACUAUCGAUAAUUGGAAAUUGUUGAGAAAUUUAUUGGAAAAACUUUAACUGCUUCAAAUGUGAGGUGAGUGAAUUUUUCGUGAAAAGGAAGAAAAAGAGACGAUUCUGUUGCAACUGUGUUGUUGACUGCGUUGAGAUUGCAUGAACUGUUCGUGGUCCAGCGACGCAUUAAAACCGCGUAUGGAGCAUAAAAGAGCGGGUAACGGUUUGAACGGACAGUGAAAAAAGACGAGAAAAAAAGUAUGCGGUAAAACUACGCACAUUAAAUACAAAUAUCGACAAUUUUUUGUGUGUGUGUGUUCAGAAACAGAUUAAACCCAAUUGGCUGGGGCUUUGAAGUGAAUAAAAAAUUUUAUGAAUUUGAACUGAAAAGAAAUUAACGCGCGAUAACCGCACCAAUUUAAAUUGAGUUGAAUGAAAAAAAAAAACCAACAACCUAGGUACUUGUUAAUGUGUGUGCUGCAUCGAAAGUGCUAAAUAUAACUAAAGUGAACGGAAUUCGGAAUCAACAAGCGAAAGUGCGUUUUAACCGGAGAAAUAAGCAUAAAAUACUCAUAAAGUGAAACGAAGCGCAUACACAAAAUUACGAUUAUUAUUUUUGUUCGGUGCAAAAAUCGAUAUCGUUUUAUUUUUCACUCGCUUGUGCCGCGCACACGUCGAAAACCAUUAAAUAAAUACGCUUUCAAUUAAUUGCAACAAAAUUGAAUUUCAGCUCGAUCACCAAACUAUCUCAAUUUCACUCGACUUAAAUCAAUCACACUUGAGAUCGGGGAAAAAAAAAACAAAAUAAACGGAAAUAUUUAAAAUAAAAACGAGACUUUAUCUGAAACAAGAGAGAAAAAUGAGAACUGUGUACUUUACCAUGCCGAUGAAAAUGCGACGAAACCUAAAAUUAUUGUUGUUCCUGUCAAUUAGCUGGAUGUUUUUGAUGUUCUACUACUUCCAAUCAAGCAAUCCAAAGAAUGAAAAUCGAGCGCUUCGUUUACGCGAAACAGCGACCGCACCACAAUACUUAGAUGAAGUGUCGGCAUCGACGUCACCGGCACAGCACAGUAGCGGUACCGGUGUACAAUUAGGAUUUUUAAUCGGCGACACAUCUCCGCGACUAACGUUCGAUUACUUCGAUGAAGCCGGAUAUAUACAGCGUGGCGGAUUGCGAACCGGUGAAGACCCAUACCAGCGAAAUCGGUUCAAUCAACAAGCUAGCGACCAAUUACCCAGCAAUCGAGCCAUUCCCGACACAAGAAAUCAAAUGUGCCGUAAGAAGCUUUAUCGUCGAAAGGAUCUACCACCGACUAGCGUCAUCAUCACCUUCCACAAUGAAGCUCGAUCCACCCUAUUGCGAACAAUAGUUAGCGUUUUAAAUCGUAGUCCAGAGCAUCUAAUCAAAGAAAUCAUUCUGGUGGAUGACUUCAGUGAUCAUCCUGAGGAUGGUUUGGAAUUGGCGAAAAUCAACAAAGUUCGUAUCAUUCGGAAUGAAAAACGCGAAGGUUUGGUGCGUUCACGAGUGCGUGGUGCUGACGCUGCCAUUGCUGAUGUACUCACAUUUCUGGACAGCCAUUGUGAAUGCAACGAAGACUGGCUAGAGCCGCUUCUCGAACGUGUUGCUGAAGAUGAAACACGUGUCGUGUGUCCAGUAAUUGAUGUCAUCAGCAUGGAUACGUUUCAAUACAUUGGUGCAUCAGCGGAUCUUCGUGGUGGUUUUGAUUGGAAUUUGGUAUUCAAGUGGGAAUACUUGAGCACAGAAGAGCGAGCUGAACGACACAAAGAUCCAACCACUGCCAUUGAAACGCCAAUGAUUGCUGGCGGUCUCUUUGUUAUAAAUAAGAAAUAUUUCGAAAAAUUAGGAAAAUAUGAUAUGAAAAUGGAUGUUUGGGGCGGCGAAAAUCUAGAGAUUUCGUUUCGUGUUUGGCAAUGCGGAGGCAGCUUGGAGAUCAUACCGUGCAGUAGAGUUGGGCAUGUGUUCCGUAAGCGACAUCCGUACACAUUCCCUGGCGGAAGUGGCAAUGUGUUUGCGAAAAACACACGACGUGCAGCCGAAGUGUGGAUGGAUGAUUACAAACAGUACUACUAUGCAGCCGUGCCAUUGGCCAAAAACAUUCCAUUCGGAAAUAUUGACGAUCGAUUGGAAUUACGGAAACGCCUACAUUGCAAGCCAUUCAAAUGGUAUUUGGAGAAUGUUUACCCGCAAUUGGCCGUACCUGAAAUGCUAUCCGUGGGCACAUUACGACAAGGAAUCUACUGUUUAGAUACACUUGGCCACCUAAUGGACGGUUCAGUUGGAGUCUAUCAAUGCCACGAUACUGGCGGUAAUCAAGAAUGGACAAUUACAAAGAAAGGUCAGAUCAAACACCAUGAUCUCUGCUUGACAAUGGUUUCGUAUGCCAAGGGCUCCAUUGUGAUAAUGCGUGUGUGUGACGAAAGUGAUAAUCAACGAUGGGAAUUGCGUGAUGGUGGCCUGUUAAAGCAUAGCAAAUCAAAUGUUUGCCUCGAUACGCGGUACGUACAGGAGCGUGGCAUUACGGCCGAAGCAUGCAAUUCGGGCCUCGAUACACAGUACUGGCGCUUUGUGAAUAAACACUCGUGAACAGAUACAAAAUGAUAUAAUUGAAUUAGGGACAAAAGCAACCGAUAGAAAAUUAUAAUGUACACAUUUACUAAAACAGAGCUUAGAAGCCCUUGUUGCGUGAAUAAAUGAGAAAAAGAAGAAGAGAAGAAGCAUCAUUUUCGAUAAAUUGAUGCAUGCGAUCUGAUUAAUUAUUGUCUACCGUCUAAGAAGACUACGAAGAUUAGGCUCAAUUGUGAUUAGGAAUAUUGUUUUUGUUUUUCUACAUGUUGUUUUGAAUUUGCGCAUCAAAUUGCCGCUUAACACACAGAUUUCAUGCAAAGCAAACACUAGAGUGUUUUUGUUUUGUAAGCAUUCCAUUUGGUCAGUCAUUAUGCUGCAUAUUGACUUCGAUACUGGUCAAUCAAGCAAAUUUUUUUCUUCAAUUUUUCAAUAUAUUUUUUAUAAUUUGAUUUAUUUUUUUACACGAAACCUGGUCAACAACAUAGUAAAAUCCAAUUUUACGUUGUCACAAUUAGAUAAAAAGGAAACAAUUUUAAAAUCGAGUGAAAUGCUGUCGUGCUAUCACAACAGCAACAACGACCAUCGAUUUUUAUGUUAAAUUGAGUCUAAAUAUUAUCGUACAUUUCUAAGUGAACGUUUAAAAUGAGUAUAGCAAUUGUAAACGAAGUGAAUUAUAUCAAAAUGGUGGUUAUGGAUUACCAUCAAUUCAUCUAUCUCACAAUCACAUUUUCCCCCAUUUUCGCGGAAUCCAGCCAUCAUGAGUUUGAAAGUAUUUUCUGUUGAAAAGCUCAUGGAUUCGACUUGCUCGGCACACAAACCACAAUAGGAGAACAUUUUUAAAGACAAUUCAAUAAAUUAUGAUGAUUAUUAUCUCUUGUUUGUUUAUGAAUACACUCGUUUGUGUAUUGGGCUUGGUAUUUUUCAGACUUUGAUAGCCAGAGCAAAAUGGUUUGAUGUGAAUGUCAAACGAACUGUAAAAUUUCAAAAAGUAAAUGCAAAUGGUUAGCAUCCAAUUACCGUCAAACUCUGACUCUCAACAGACCAGACAACAAAUGGUGUUACUCAUAGAACGGCUGAGAUUCUCGCAAAGUAUUGGCGGUGUCAAAUUGUGUCCACCUCGCAUUAACUGCUGUCUAAUCUCGUUCACGUACUAGCUGUCUUUAGUGCGAGCGAAUACAUUGUAUGUCAUCGCCAAAAUCUCUGUCAUACUUUCAUACAAAAAGACAGAGAAAAGGAUAAAAGUAUUUCGAACUAUUACGCUUUUCUCUGUUGAUAUGGCUUUGUUCAGACGCGUUUCGCCUUGGAGCAAAUUCAACGUUCGAUCGUCAAACGCUAUUCGAAUUACUGGUUGGAAUCUGAUUAAUUUCCGUUCCGGAAUUGAUGUCAUUAAGCAAACUCUCCCUUCCCCCAUUCGAUUCGUCCAGUUUCAAAUUCAGGCAACUUAAUUUUAUAUUUGCAUUUACGCUGGCAUUUGCAUUACGCUGGCCGUUGACCAGUUUGAGCUGGGCACACAUACAUCAAAUCUAUCUGGUGCCCGUAUACGGCAAACGGAUAAUGGUGAAUCGUGUAGACAGGUGAAUUUGGGCGGAAAUACAAUUGAAAUUACACAAAACAAGAGAUAGCUUUUAAUAUGAAUCGAUUGGAAAUGCCCGUAUCUACAUUACACAUGAAUUAUUUCAGCUGUGAAUUUAUCACACCGAAUAGAAACAAAGUGAUUAAUCUCCCUCUCUCACUCGUUGAAUCCAAUAAAUUUUUUUUCGGAUUCACUCCGAUACAACAUUGAGGUUAAUUAAACUUCACACGCCUUAAACACAAGCAUUUCAUUUUACCACAGUUUGGUUUCUCUCAUUUACUCGCUUUACCUUCAGCAGAGGUCAAGACUCUUGAGAACCAAGAAUAUUGCUAAGAGAAACAGUGAAUCAUUUCCAAUUUGAUCAACAUUCAAAUUGUAUUCUUAUAAAAAAAAAAAAAAAUGAAUGACUCUAUGACGGAACUAAAACAAUGUCUUGUAAAUAAUGAAUAAAAACACAGACAAAAAAAAACAUUGAAUUAUUUAUACAACUGUACUAUAAAUGAUAAGAAAUGAGAAAAUUAAACGCGUCAACUGUUUUGUAGGAGUAUCUUCUAAGAACAAAUUAUAUGUAAACAAAUUGAAUACUUUAUCUAUGUAAAAUUUAAGCUUAAACCCUACACUCUACAUAUUUAAAAGAAACAAUUGAUUGAAUUUAUUUGUUUUGAAUUGUUCACAAUCUAGUUAUUCCAAUUUUUGUUGAAUUUUUUUACAUAGUUUCAUUACACAGAGAGAAAAUGUUUAAUAAAAAAAAACAAAUUGUAAAAAAAAACAUACGUUUAAAACGAUCAAUUAGUCUGUAAAAUCACUAAAUCAGACUGAAUUUUCUGUUUAAGAUUAGUUUUAACAUUCACAAAGAAAGACAACUUGUUUUGCUUAUGUGCAUAAAUUGUGUGAAAUAAGAAUUUAUAAUUUUCUAGCAAAUUCGAGCGGUUUCAGCAUCUUCAAAAAUGUCGUCGAUUUGUUCGAAUUCGGCUUCAACGAUAAAAAUGUCACCUUUUUGCGAAAACAAGAAUAUUUUUCCUUCGAUAGAAAUAGACCUUUUCCGAAUAAUAGACUUUUUCCCACAAAAAUGGAUUUUCUUCGAAAAAAAUUUCUGAAGAAUUUGAUUUUCCUGAUGGAAAUGAUAAUUUGUUUGGAGAAAAUAAACAUUUCUCCCUUGAAAAACGAAUUUUUGUAUCUUUAAAUCUUCAUCUCUGAUUCCAAUCUUCAUCUUAAAAUCGAAAAAAAUUCCAGAUCUGAACAUCGACACACAUUUUUGGACUACUGAAACAAAAUCGAUGUCAUACCCACAUUUUUACUAACAGGACAGAAAAUAAAUAACAAGAUAAUGAAAUUUAUGCAAAGUUUAAUGACUACGUCAUUCCACACAUAAACUGCAACAUCGCAUUUAAAAUGUACACGAUAAAAUUAUAUCGAAUCGAAUCCCAUAAAUAAAUUGUAGCAAACAAAACAAA